CGAACGCUGGCCAAACUGCAGCGUGUUGCUGCAGGCUGAGGCCUGUCGGAGCAUCUGGAUUCACCACAGUCUUCUUUCUUUCAGGGUCGACACAUCCAGACUCGCUCGGUUCUCGGCUGUGGACGAUUGUGCUACAGGAAAAUACCCCACAGAGAACUUUUACAGACUCUUCCAGGCUGCAGGGACCUGAUCUGAUCUGAGGCUGCGGACUCUGAACAGCGUCUGGACGUUCCCUCUCACAUCAGCACGAACUGCUCCUCGUCCUGCUCAGAAAGAUCCAGCUGCGUCCGUCUGCAGGAGAACCGACGGUCAGCGAGGAAAAGCCAGCUCCUGCUUCUGAGCCGCGAUGACACCAGAGGACCUGCUGAACACGCUGGAAGAUUUGGGAGAUGAUGAAUUCAAUAAAUUCAGGUGGUUCCUGCAGCAGCCUGAGUGCCUGCAGGGCCUCCCCCCGAUGAAGAAGGGCCGAAUGCAGACGACCAGCGCGUGGGACACGGUGGACCUGAUGGUGCAGAUGUACACGCUCCCCGGAGCUGUGGAGGUGACCAGGAAGGUUUUGGAGAAGAUCAACCGGAACGACCUGGUGCAGAGUUUGACUGACAGCAGCUCAGGAGCAGGAGCAGAGGUCAGGGAUGCUGGGGAGACUUCACAGAACAGAGGACCUUCAUCCUCCCAGACUCCUCCUCCUCCUCACACCAAAGAUGUGAUGGUUCCAGUACCAGAGCCACGUCCCAUCCAAUAUUACCAACACAUGCUUCAGUCAAACUUCCAGGACAAGUUUCUGUGUGCACAGGAAGGGUGGGCGGAGGAUAAACGGCGUCUGGUUGAUAUCUACACAGAGCUGCACGUGGCAGGUGGGGGUGAUGUACACAUCAACGCACAGCAUGAGGUCAGACAGAUCGAAAAGCUACAGAGGCCGUCCAACACCGAGAGACCAGUUCAGCCCAGCGACAUGUUCAAACACCCCUCCGGAGAAUACAGACCCAUAAAAACCGUGAUGACCAAUGGAAUCGCAGGAAUUGGAAAAACGUUCUUUGUGCGCAAGUUUGUGUUGGACUGGGCCGAAAAAAGAACCAAUCAGGACGUGCAUCUCAUUUUCCCCUUCACCUUCCGUCAGCUGAAUUCACUGAAGGGGCAGAAGUUUCGUUUGGCAGAGCUCAUUCAUGAAUGCAUCCCGGAAACUGUGGAUAUCAGAGAGGAAGCUCUGAACUACAUCUUCACAGCUCUGCAGUCAUCAGGAAACACCAACUACGACAAGAGCAGAUUCAGACUGCUGUUUGUGUUGGAUGGGCUGGACGAGAGCCGCCUUCACCUCGACUUUAGCGCAGAUGAUAUUCGCUCUGUUGAUGUAACAAGGCCAACCAAAGCAGAUGCCCUGAUGAGGAAGCUCAUCAGCGGGAAACUGCUACGCUCUGCUCGCAUCUGGAUAACCACGCGACCUGCGGCAGCCAAUCAGAUCCCUCGAGAGCUUGUCGACAGCAUGACAGAGGUCAGAGGGUUCACUGACCCACAGAAGGAGGACUACUUCAGAAAGAGGUUCAGAGACGAGGAGCAGUCCAGCAGAAUCAUCUCCCACAUCAAGACUUCCCGGAGCCUCCACAUCAUGUGCCACAUCCCGGUGUUCUGCUGGAUCACUGCCACCGUUCUGGAGGAUGUGCUGAAAACCAGGGAGGGAGGAGAACUGCCCAGGACCCUGACUGAGAUGUACACGGAAUUCCUGGUGUUUCAGAUUGAUCGCACAAAAGACAAGUAUGGCCCAGAAAAGUGCCUGCAGUACAUUCAUUCGUUAGCAAAACUGGCUUUUCAGCAGCUGGAACAGAGCAAUUUGGUCUUCUACGAGAAAGAUCUGAAAGAGGGUGGCGUUGAUUUCAGUGAAGCCUCAGUGUGCUCAGGAGUGUUCACUGAGAUCUUUAAAGAAGAGCGCGGCCGGAAAGAGAAAGACAAGAUGUUCAGCUUUGUUCACCUCAGUAUUCAGGAGUAUUUGGCUGCUGUUUAUGUGGCGAAGUCACUAAUUAACAGAAACAAAAAUGUGAUGCCUUUGCAGCGACUGUCACUCCAAAACCUACGGCUGCUUUUAAGGACGACCUCCACGACAAAGAUCCACAGGAUUGCUAUUGAAAAGGCCUUACAAAGUCCGAAUGGACACCUGGAUUUGUUCCUUCGCUUCCUCCUGGGUCUUUCACUGCAGACCAAUCAGGAUAAACUGCAAGUCCUGUUAAAAAAGACAGACAGUAGCUCGCAAGCCAAUAAGGAAACAGUCAAGUACAUUAAAAAAAAGAUCAGCGAGAAUCUGUCUCCAGAGAGAAGCAUCAACCUGUUCCACUGUCUGAACGAACUCAACGAUCGAUCUCUGGUGGAGCAGAUCCAACAGUACCUGAGCUCAGGACGUCUGUCCACAGGUGAACUGUCUCCUGCUCAGUGGUCGGCUCUGGUCUUCAUCUUACUGUCAUCAGAAAAAGAUCUGGACGUGUUUGAGCUGAAGAAAUACUCUGCAUCAGAGGAGGCUUUUCUGAGGCUGCUGCCAGUGGUCAAAGCCUCCAACAGAGCAGUGCUGAGUGGGUGUAAUCUGUCCGAGAGAAGCUGUGAAGCUCUGUCCUCGGUCCUCAGCUCCCAGUCCUCUAAUCUGAGAGAGCUGGACCUGAGUGACAACAACCUACAGGACUCAGGAGUGAAGCUGCUGUCUGCUGGACUGGAAAGUCCACACUGUACCCUGGAGACUCUCAGGCUCUCAGGCUGUCUGAUCACAAAAGACGGAUGUACUUCUCUGGCCUCAGCUCUGAAGUCCAACCCCUCCCAUCUGAGAGAGCUGGACCUGAGCUACAAUCAUCCAGGAGACUCAGGAGUGAAGCUGCUGUCUGCUGGACUGGAGGACCCACGCUGCAGACUGGACACUCUCAGGGUGGAACAUGGCGGCGAGCGAAGGCUGAGACCUGGUCUGACGAAGUACGCCUGUGAACUCACACUGGACACAAACACAGUCAACAGAAACCUCCAGCUGUCCAACAACAACAGGACGGUGACGGCAGUGAGAGACAAGCAGCCAUAUCCCGACCAUCCAGACAGAUUUGAUGUGUGGCAUCAGCUGCUGUGUAGGAAUGGUCUGACUGGUCGCUGUUACUGGGAGGUGGAGUGGAGAGGACUGGUUUAUAUAUCAGUGACUUACAGAAGAGUCAGGAGGAAAGGAAACAGCUAUGACUGCAGGUUUGGAGGGAAUCAUCAGUCCUGGAGUCUGAGCUGCUCUGAUGUUGAUGGUUAUUCUGUCUGGAACAAUAACAGAGAAACAGACCUUCCCUCCCCCUCCUCCCCCUCUGACUCUCACAGAGUUGCAGUGUAUGUGGACUGUCCUGCUGGCUCACUGUCCUUCUACAGAGUGUCCUCUGACUCACUGGUCCACCUCCACACCUUCAACACCACCUUCACUGAACCUCUUUAUCCCGGCUUCUGGUUAUUGUCAUAUGGUUCUUCAGUGUCUGUGUGUUCUCUGUAGUGGGUGGAGGGGGGGCUGAUACUGUAAAACACCAGUUGAAGAAGCACUAAGGUGUUCGAAUUGCUAAAUGUCUUUUAAACACUGACUUAAUGUUAGUUAGCCUGAUGUAUUGUUAUCAAAGUAAAGUGAGUCACGGUCCUUUGGCAUCACACAGAGUUAGCUAGCUUUACGUACCAGACUGAGCACGGUGACGUGACACACAGCUGCCAUCGUGCAUCAAGUCUUCACAACACCUCUGACCUUACAUCACCUCAGCUCAUCUUAGCUUCCGGUUCUGAUUGUGAGUGAACCAUGGAGCUAGCAGAGGGGCUACGACUGGCGCUCCAGUCUUACCAACUCAUCGUUUAUCCUUCACCAGCAGUUUUAAAUGGGAUUCAGCGUCGCCUGCUCUGGCCCCAGGGGUCUGUUCCUCAGCGGGUGAGUCGCUGAUCGGGGAAAAUCUGUUUGAAGCGGUUGGUGGUGAAGCAUUAUGGCUGAGUACUUUGUGCCACUGCCUGUGAGCUCCUCAUCAACAUGUUUUUCAAAAGACUGAAUCAGCAGUUAAUUUUAGUAAAAUGCUGGAAUAAACAUUCAUACUAAAAGACACGGCAGCAGCAGUAAAUUUUUGUUUACUGUCAUAUGAAGAUGUAAAUAUGCUCCAUGACUUGGACUGUUUAAACUAACAGCUACUGGAAAGUGGGGUGUAUCUGUAUGUAUAUGCUAAUCUAUGCUAAUAGCAUCUCAUUUCCCUCUUGCCAGCUUUGAAGCUAAGAGCAGGAAUGCAGAAUUCUUGCAUCAGAUGAAAUUAGCUUGCAGCAGCUGUGAGAGUUUUGCCCUGUAGUUUUAAUGAGCCGCAGCUGCUAAUCUUUAUAAAUAGCAUGCUAAUGUUUUAUUCACAAG